GCCGCUACAAUAUUCAUUUUGUUAUGCUUCUGUAUGACGUCGCGCCAGGUUAGGAGGGGUGGGGAGGGAUGGUGUUAUCGUUCAGUAGAUCAAGGAAGUUAGAGCCACACAGCAGGUUUAGUCUUUAGUCGUAUCUGUCUGUGUCUAUGCUGAUCUUCCUGGAUGGAGUUCAAUAACUAGGACCAACAUCAUGGAGUAACUAAUAACGGAGGGGUGCGUUAACAGCUAGAUACCCCAUACUGAGGGGUGCCUUAACAACUAGAUACCCCAUAUUGAGGGGUGCCUGAACAACUAGAUACCCAAUACUGAAGAGUUCCUUAAUAACUACAUACCCCAUAUUGAGGGGUGCCUGAACAACUAGAUACCCCAGAUCGGGAGUGCCUUAACAACUACAUACCGCAUACUGAGGGGUGUCUGAACAACUAGAUACCCCAUACUGAGGGGUGCCUUAAUAACUACAUACCCCAUAUUGAGGGGUGUCUGAACAACUAGAUAGCCCAUACUGAGGGGUGCCUUAACAACUAGAUACCCCCCAACUUGAGGGGAGUGUGACCAGUCCCCAAGCGUCACGUGACCAGGAUGAGUCGCGGCCUUGUCUACGUCUGCAUCUCCUGCAGCAGCCCCAGCGGGCUCCCCACGUACGAUGACGUCAUGGACAGUGAAAAAACCGUCAUCAUCCGCGACGACGCCCACGCCGAGGUGAGCCGCGGGGUGAGCCACAAGAUGAGCCGGGAGAUGGGCCACAGCCUCUACAGCCUGGACGUGGUCCGGCUCAGCCCGGCCGCCCACCCCAAGACGGAGCAGGCCGGCGCCGGCAGCGAGCCACACCUCAACCGGUCAGCUAGCACGGGCACGAUGCCGGCAGACGCCAAACAGAAACGGAGGCGCUGGUUCAAACGUGGGAAAAGUGAAAGUAUUAAAGAGUCGACGCCCACCGUGACGGGGGUCAGGUACUUUGAUUUGUAGUGAAACCAUUGGCCGUGAUACACUGGAGUUCACGUUGACUUGCAGUGAAACUAUUCAUAAUGGGUUCAAUAUAGGUAACAAUGUAACCCCACUUAACAAGAUCACUUUGGCUUAUAGUGAAACAUUCACUGCAAUUCAUUUGGACUGGGGGUGAAACUAUUGUGAUAAGUGUGAUGUAGUGGACACACCUUCCAGUAACCGGCGUAACCACGGUGGUUUACAAAAGCUUCUAGGUGUAGAUUUUGUUCUAGUGUGAUUUAAUACCUGCACAACACAGCUCGCCUUAACCAGUCUUAUAGUAUGAUGUGUACCAUCACCUAUCUACUGCACCCACAACAUCCGGGUAACCAAAGAUCUUUUGGAUUAUUCUGUCAUGUGAGAGAUCCUUCUUAGGGGAAAUUUUUGGUUGUUUUAAAUAGCGAGAGAAACAAAUACCUCGAGAAUUUCGGGGAAAGAAAAUGGGUAACGUAAACAAGCGUGGGCAGACAUUUCAGCAACUUGAGUGUAUACAAAAAUUGGACGAAAUUUGACGCUGGAUUGCCCUCCCUGUAACUUUGAAGGUUUGAAAACAAACAACUGGUCAAUAUAUUACCAAUGUUCGUGUGCGCUAAAUGACCAGUGCUGAAGCGGACGUUUUGUGUGCUACUAUUUAUAAGGGUAAACACGACUCAUGUAAAUAUUUAAAGUGUGAUAACUUUGUCAUGUUGCUAUGUACUUCAUGUUUACCUAGAUGUAUUUAUGUAAAUAAUCUCUCAAACGCGCAAAAAAAAAUCAAUCAUGUGGUGAUAUAUUUGAAAUUAACAAGUGAUAUGUAUGUACAUAUGUGUUAAAUACACCUAACAUGAGUUCACAAACAACAAAAAUAAAUAGUAAAGUUGAUAAAAAGGUAUUUUUUUAAUUUUUACUUCGUCAGAGGGACUUCGCGAAUGUUAUUAUUUUUGUGUUUGCUGGCGUACUCAACUUG